AUGCCUAGCACUCUUGCUAUUGUUGCUACAGGCGUGAUUGCCGUUUAUGGCUUUCUCCAUGCUCUCCUUCAUUACACCCAAGACGAAAGUGAGCCUCCACUAAUCUCAACAUCUCUUCCGUUUAUCGGUACAAUGAUCCAACUCUCGCGGAAAAAAACUAAAUUUUAUAUUGAGCUAAGAAACAAACAUGAUUUACCGAUCUACACUCUCCGGAUACCGGGAGCCAGACUCUAUGUCGUCAAUUCCAUGUCGCUGAUUCCUGUCGUUCAGCGUCAAUACAAAGACUUGGCAUUCCCUCCUCUGGAGGCUAUGGGAGCCAUGAGUGUCUGCGGAUCAAGCAAGAUUGCGAACGACAUUCUCAAUGCGAAUACCAACGGAGAAGAGGGUGAUUGGGGUUAUUCGAUGACAUUCUACAAAACAAUUCACAAGCCGCUUUCACCAGGGCCUGAGCUUGAUGCGAUGAAUCGUAUCAUGGCCCAGAACAUUACUGCUUCACUCGAUGGAAUAAAAGGAAAACUUGUUGUAUCGCUUUUCGACUUUAUCAAGCGCGAAAUUGCAAUAGCUAUGACCGAUUCAGUUUAUGGACCACAAAACUCGUUCAAAGAUCCUGUUGUUGCAGAUGGUUUCUGGAAGUCCAAGCCUGGGGUUGCUAUUCUCCUUAUGAAUCUAUUCCCAUCGAUACUAUCCCGAGAGUGCUAUCAGGCUCGUGAAUACAUGACCAGAGCUUUUAACAAAUACUUUGAAAAUGGCGGUCAUAACGAGGCAUCCGCUCUCAUGAAAGCUCGUUUCAAUCAUAGCACGGAACAUAAGCUGCCUGUUGAGGAUAUUGCAAGAUUUGAGGUUGGAAAUACGAUUGGGCUGCUUUCCAACACAUCACCUAGUGCUUUCUGGAUGGUUUACCACGCUACUACUACGAAAAACGGCAAAAUCAUCACAAUUCGCACUAUCGAUAUGACACGAGUGAAAGUCGAUUGUCCAAUAUUAGUGUCCACAUUGCAAGAGGUGCUUCGAGUUCAAACCAUCGGUAUGUCAACCAGGAUGGUCAUGAAGGAUCUCUUGCUCGACGGCAAGUAUCUUCUCAAGAAGGGAAAUACUUUACUGAUCCCAGGCCCCGUUCAGCAUACCGGCAAGUCUGCUUGGGGUCCCGAUGUUGAAACAUUCAAUCACCUGCGCUUCUUACCUGAGAACAAACGUCACAACCCGAUUGCCUUUCGUGGUUUUGGUGGCGGAACGACCCUUUGUCCUGGUCGUCAUUUUGCAGCCACCUAA